AUGCCGCUUCUAUUGAGACCAACAGCGCCAAGCCCAAGCAUUGACGAGCUUGCGUUUGUUGUAACGGCGGCUUCACUUUCAGAGCAAGCUUUGCAGCGCUCGGUGUCCUCGAAUGCGUCCGAGGCACGGCGCUGUACCACGCACAGUCGAGUCUCGGUUCAUAGCCGCUGCCGCGGUAGUACAGCUAGUACCGAUACCGAGUUUGCUGGCUGUGAUGAUGCUGGCAAUAAUGUAGAGCAUUGCCCCUCGUCAUGGCAAUCGGGGCAUCAGGCUCUGCGUCAGAGUGGCGUUGCUUCUCAGAGUAAAGACACGGACAUUCGCGAAUCGAAGCGUUUGUGGCAUGAGACUCAGCCUGACGACGACCAUAUCUCUAGCUUCGUGUCUGAGGCGGGACGUCCCUCGAGUUUGUUGAGUUGUGGCUGUUCGUGUACAGAUGCGAAUGAGCUCGGGAUCUCGUCCUCAUUCGCGGUUAUUGAAGACCGUCAGCUUGCUGUCGUGGACAAAGAGCUGCGCGAUCUCCGUCAGACUUUUGUGCGCAAAUUGUACUCGCGACUGACUAAGAUUUCGGGCUUGAGACGAAGGAAGACGAAAACCGCGAAGCCUUUAGUUUAA